GAUGAAGGCCAGAAGAAACAAAAAACAAGUCCCAAGCUUUCGGAAGUUGAUAAAAACUAGUAAGGUCAAACUUGAAAACAAGCUAAAAAAUAAGCAAUUCAAACAACAGAGUACUCUCAAGAAGUAUCGAAAAGAACAGAGGAAACUGAGGCAAGCUGUAAGAGAUGCUGUGUCAAAGAAACCUGUCCCCUUGGAGGACCCAAAGGACAAACGUCCAGGUAAAAGGAUUGAAAGAGAAGAGGAGGAAGAAGAGGAGGCCCUUCCUUUAGAUAUGAUGGAUGAAGAUGACUUACAGCUAAUGCGGGAUUUAGGACAAAGAGCAUCUUUUCUAACGAGAGAUCUUUCUUCAAGUGAGCCUGUUCAUGCCAAGAAACGAAAGCAUGAGAGCAUUAUAGAAAAAUACGAAAAAAUACCAAGAACUCUGCAAAGUGAACCAGAGAAGGAGCUCAUUCACUUGCUUCCUAUCAAAGAUAAAAGUGGUAUAAUUCCACAGACCAGGGAGAAGCCAGUUAUUGACAGCAACAAAGACGAAGAGGAACAGGAAGAAGAGAUGGAGCUUGAGGAAGAGGUCAAUGAAGAGCCUAUUCCAGAGCUGACCAUAGAAGAACAUUUAAUUGAGAGAAAGAAGAAAUUGCAGGAGAAGAAAAUCCAUAUUGCAGCUUUGGCAUCUGCUGUGUUAUCAGAUCCAGAGAGUAAUAUUAAAAAAUUGAAAGAAUUACGCUCCAUGCUAAUGGAACAGGAUCCUGAUGUCGCUGUUACUGUUCGAAAGCUGGUGAUAGUUUCUUUGAUGGAGUUAUUUAAAGACAUCACUCCCUCGUAUAAAAUCCGACCCCUAACAGAAGCAGAAAAAUCUACUAAGAUUCGCAAAGAGACCCAGAAAUUACGAGAAUUUGAAGAAGGUCUGGUUAGUCAAUACAAGUUUUAUUUGGAGAAUCUGGAACAAAUGGUUAAAGACUGGAAGCAAAGGAAGCUAAAGAAAAGUAAUGUCGUUUCCUUGAAGGCAUAUAAAGGACUGGCUGAAGUGGCUGUGAAGAGCCUGUGUGAGCUGUUGGUGGCGCUCCCUCACUUUAACUUCCACAACAACAUUAUUGUAUUGAUUGUCCCGCUCAUGAAUGACGUGGCAAAGUCGAUCUCUACCAUGUGCUGUGAAGCAGUGAAGAAGCUCUUUAAACAAGAUAAGUUAGGCCAAGCUUCCCUUGGUGUGAUUAAAGUGAUUUCUGGUUUUGUGAAGGGCAGAAAUUAUGAAGUUAGGCCAGAGAUGUUAGAAACUUUCCUGUGCCUAAGAAUCAAGGAAGUAGAAGUGAAAAAAGACACAGAGGACAUGAAUAAACCAAAAAGAUUCAUGACUUUCAAAGAAAAAAGAAAAACUCUAUCAAGAAUGCAGAGAAAGUGGAAGAAAGCAGAAGAGAAACUAGAGCGAGAGCUUCGGGAGGCAGAAGCUUCAGAGAGCACCGAGAGAAAACUUAAACUGCAUACAGAGACUCUGAAUAUUGUGUUUGUAACUUACUUCAGAAUUUUGAAGAAGGCCCAGAGGUCGCCUCUCCUGCCAGCAGUUCUCGAAGGACUUGCCAAGUUUGCUCACCUUAUAAAUGUGGAGUUUUUUGAUGAUUUACUCGUAGUUCUACAUUCUCUCAUUGAGUCUGGUGGCCUAACAUACCAAGAAAGUCUUCACUGUGUACAGACUGCUUUUCAUAUUCUUUCUGGCCAGGGUGAUGUCCUCAAUAUUGACCCAAUGAAAUUCUAUACACAUCUCUACAAAACACUGUUCAAGUUGCAUGCAGGUGCUACCAACAAAGGUGUGGAGACUGUCCUUCAGUGCCUCGAUGUCAUGCUGACCAAGCGCAGAAAGCAGGUGUCUCAGCAGCGAGCCCUUGCCUUCAUUAAGCGCCUUUCUACUCUUGCUCUUCAUGUUCUUCCAAAUGCAAGCAUUGGGAUUUUAGCAACUAACAGAAUAUUAAUGCAUACCUUCCCUAAGACAGAUUUACUGCUUGACAAUGACUCUCAAGGAAGUGGCAUCUUCCUCCCUGAGUUGGAUGAGCCUGAGUACUGUAAUGCUCAGAACACUGCUCUUUGGGAGUUGCAUGCACUACGGAGACAUUACCAUCCUAUAGUGCAAGUUUUUGCAACUCACUUGAUGGCAGGAGCACCUUCUGAAGGCUCGGGAGCUCUCAGACCAGAGUUGAGUAGAAGAACUGCUACUGAGCUUUUUGAGUCGUACAGCAUGGCAGCAAUGACCUUUAAUCCUCCUGUGGAAUCUUUGAACUCCAAAAGGAAG